AUGAGAAUUAUCGGCACCAUCGAGGGUCUGAUGCUCAUCUCUGACUGGCACCCUCGCACCAUCCACUUCCCGCCAGACACAGAGGGCUGGGACGCAUUGCUUAUUGACACCGUCUACGAGCGGGAAAACCGUAAACGAACUAACAACCAAGAGCCCCUCGUGCGCUGGCGCAAUGAUGUCUUCGAACCGGCGAAAAGGGCAAGCAGAAUGUUGUGGAUGCUCCUCGGUCUUGCCACGAAUCUGGCGCACGAGCUGGGAAUAUUGUCCAACGGCCAGCACCCAGGUUUCGCGCGCAAAGGCUUCUUUACAGCUACAUGA